AAUUUUAAUAAGUUGAAUAGAAAACAUGAUACAAGCGGAAGGCAAACAGUAGGCGGGGUUCGGCGGGUGCGCAAAAUUGAUUUCGUUGUAAGGUAGUAUUAUUCUGGUCCAUUUCCCAACGCAUUAAAAAUGUGUGAUCUGGGAUUAAAUGAACAUCACCAAAUGAUUGUUAUGAAUUACAUUAAAUUUUCAAGAUAUCAGCGUAUUCAGAACUUGAAGGCAAUUGAAUAUGCUUUCAAAGAUGUUACGGAAUCAAGAUUAUUGGAAGAUACAUACACAAGUGAUGAAGUUCAAGAAUUAUUACUUGGUUUGUCCAAAGUAGUUCGAGCUGACACUGAAACAGAACUCAUCAGUUCCACUCAUAUGACUGUACUGUUACUCAAACAGUUGUUUCAGCAAGCAGAGAAAUGGCACCUUAGGCUGCAAGCUGAUCUUUCAGAGCUUGAAAACAGAGAACAAUUGGAGGUCAUUAAAACACUAGAGAACAGUGCAUUUUCAAGUAUUAAACCAGAUAAAAAUCCAUCACCGACUAAAAUUAAACUUCUACCAAUGAAUGAAUCAUCUGGGUCUGUCUGUCUACUUCAUAUGGAAAUUGAACGACUGAAGGAAGAAAAUGAAAAGCUUUCCGAGUCCGUCAAGGAAACUGAAACCAAGGCCAAUUUAUACCUACAAGAAAUUAAUAAGUUGAAGACAGAACUUGAGUCAGCUCAGAACGAAGUGUGCGCCCUGAAGGAUGUUUCAUUAAAUGCCCCUGAGCCAUCACAUCUUAAUGAGGUUGAAAACCAGCUGAGCAAAGUAAGCAACUUACUGGCAACAAACCUGGAGCUGUCUGCCUCAAAUCAACAACAAAUGGAACUGGAACUCUCGACUACUAGAGAGAAAAUUGCAGAAGUCCAGGCUCAGCUCUUGCUAGCAGAACAGGAACUGGAGAGAAAAUUCAGUCAAACAGCUGUGUAUGCCAACAUGAAAAAAAUCCUGAACAAAAAGAAUGAACAAAUAAAAGAACUACGGAAAAAACUGCAACAUUACGAACCUGAUGAAAAUGCUGAUGGAUUGACGGAUGCAUCAUUGGCAUGAAAAUUAAACAUGCCUACCGUAUUCUCCAAAAAUCUUUUAAUUUUCAAGUUAUCUAGUCAAAGGCACUAAAAUGGUAUAUUCUAGGUUGCGAGUAAAUUAAUCACCAGUAAUUGCCUUAUACACAACAGAUUCUGUCCUAUAAUGUUGCCUGUAUGUACUGUUAUUGGUAGAUCAAUGAUAUUGAAGUAGGUUAGCACAGCUGCAUUAAUUACUUGGCUGAAUUCUAACUGUGCCUGUGGUUGAGGUCACAUAAUGAGAACUGGAAAGAUAGGUAUGAAUACUAGUCGCUUAUUUCUGUGUUGUACACCAAAGCAAAAACAUUACUGUAGCAUGAUAAGUCUCUCUGGACCAGGAGCCAGACACUUCUUUCUCCUUGAGGUUUUGUAUUUUAAUGACUAACAAAUGGAAUUUGAUGUUUAUUGAAUGAACCGAAUAAAAGUCUAUUUUUAAUGUAUCUAAA